GUCAGCCACAGCGAAUGAUCUGCUAACAUCAGCCAGCUGGGGGGACGCCGAUCUACCAUCAAAUAUAACAAAUAUGGCUGCCAAAAAGGAUUUGGAGGCGGCCGAGUCCGAGAUUGCUCGAUCGCAGCCGCAACGAUUGCCGACUCUGCCCAAGGCUCUGUCACUGGAAGAGAAGAAAUACUUACUAGCUGUGGAGAGAGGGGAUAGUGCUAAUGUUAGGAGAUGUCUUCAAAAAGCGCACCGCAAGAAGCACAUCGAUAUCAACUGUGUGGACGCGCUCGGGCGCGGCGCCCUGACCCUGGCCAUUGAGGGGGAGAACCUGGAGAUGGUGGAGCUGCUGGUGGUGAUGGGCGUGGAGACACGCGACGCGCUGCUGCAGGCCAUCAACGCUGAGUUCGUGGAGGCGGUGGAACUGCUGCUCGAGCAUGAGGAACUUAUAUACAAGUACCCGCAACCUUAUAGCUGGCAGAAAGUGGACACGAACACGUCCAUGUUCACGCCCGACAUCACGCCGCUGAUCCUGGCCGCCCACAAGAACAACUAUGAGAUCAUCAAGCUGCUGCUCGACCGCGGCGCGACGCUGCCCGACCCACAUGAUAUACGGUGUGGGUGCGACGACUGCAUCAAGGACUCCUCGGACGAUUCCCUCCGUCACUCGAUGGCGCGGCUGAACGCGUACCGCGCGCUGGCGUCGCCGUCGCUGAUGGCACUCUCCGCCACGGACCCCGUACUCACCGCCUUUCAGCUGUCAUGGGAGCUCCGGAACCUCGCGUCUUCGGAGCCGGAAAGCAAAGCGGAAUACCUGCAGCUCCGUCGUCGGACGCAGCAGUUUGCGGUGGACCUGCUGCACCAGUCGCGCAGCACUCGCGAGCUGGCAGUGCUGCUCAACCACGACCCCGACGAGCCGCCCUUCGAGGACGGCGAGCAGAUGAAGCUCGCGAGGCUAAAGCUGGCCAUCAAUUUUAAGCAGAAGAAGUUCGUAGCUCACCCAAACAUACAGCAGCUGCUAGCGGCACUCUGGUACGAUGGUGUGCCCGGGUUUCGCCGGAAGAGCGCCUUCGAGAAGCUGAUGAUACUCUGUCGGGUGGCGCUGCUGUUCCCUCUGUAUUGCGUGCUGUACAUGCUCGCCCCGAACUGCGCUACUGGCAAACUCAUGAGGAAACCGUUCAUGAAGUUUUUGAUCCACGCUUCUAGCUACCUGUUUUUCUUACUUAUACUGAUCCUGGUGUCCCAAAGAGCGGAGGUGCAAAUAAUGCAGAUGUUCGGCUCUGAACCGCUAAAGCAGGUUCAGGAGGCGCAGCGCGGACACGGACCUACGUACCUCGAGUUGCUCAUCCUUGUUUAUGUUCUAGGUUUCAUCUGGCAGGAGACGCACGAGAUGUACGUGGAGGGUAUGCGCUCCUAUCUCCGUAACAUGUGGAACUUCAUCGACUUUACGCGCAACUCGUUGUACGUGGCGGUGGCGAUACUGCGGUUCGUGGCCUACCUGGAGCAGGCGGCCGAGAUCCGCCGAGACCCGCAGACGAGGUUCAUACCGCGGGAGCAGUGGGACGAGUUCGAUCCGCAGCUGAUAUCCGAAGGAUUGUUCGCGGCUGCUAAUAUUUUUAGCGCCCUGAAACUAGUGCACCUGUUCUCAAUCAACCCGCACCUGGGCCCGCUGCAGAUCUCACUGGGCCGCAUGGUCAUCGACAUCGUCAAGUUCUUCUUCAUCUACAGCCUAGUGCUCUUCGCCUUCGCUUGUGGUCUGAACCAACUUCUCUGGUAUUUCGCGGACCUGGAGAAGCGCAAAUGUUACGUGUUGCCCGGUGGUCUGCCAGACUGGGAUAACGCUGGAGACUCAUGUAUGAAGUGGCGCAGCUUCGGGAACGUGUUCGAGGCGUCACAAUCACUCUUCUGGGCGUCAUUUGGCAUGGUUGGUCUGGAGAACUUCGAGCUGGCCGGCAUCAAGAGCUACACGCGCUUCUGGGGCCUGCUAAUGUUCGGCUCGUACUCCGUCAUCAACGUGAUCGUCCUACUGAACCUGCUCAUUGCCAUGAUGUCCAACUCCUAUGCCAUGAUCGAUGAACAUUCGGACGUUGAAUGGAAAUUCGCCCGAACGAAGCUGUGGUUAAGCUAUUUCGAAGAGACGUCUACACUGCCACCUCCGUUUAACAUUUUCCCGACACCAAAAUUGGUGAUGACUAUGUUUGGUAUAAGGAAGAAGACAACAUCGCAAAAGAUACAGGACCAGAAAGAGAAGGAAAGCGAUGAAAGGUACACCGCAGUCAUCCGAGCUUUGGUCUGGAGGUACGUGUCCUCCAUGCACAGGAAGAUGGACGACGAGCCGGUCACAGAGGAUGACAUUAACGAGUUGAAGGGAGACAUUUCUGCCCUGAGAUAUGAACUGCUGCAUGUCUUCGAGAAGAACGGAAUGGAUGUAUCCUUCACUGAUAAGAAGGAAAAGACGCAUCUAGCGAAACGCAUGAAGGUGUGGGAGCGUCGCCUGAUGAAGGACUUUCAAGUGACGCCAGUGUCGGUAGUCGAGGACGACGGGAAGCCGGUUCACGAGGACAGCCUGGCGCGCUUCCGCCGCAUCGCCAGGAUGGUCGCUGCCAACGCUUCGGGCUCCAAGUGGGACGUGACGCUAGCUGCUGCUGGGAUCUCAUCACAGAUAGGUAGAUGUCGUACACGCGAGUCGUUCAAGAACCGCAAGAAUCUCCAGCACGCGAUGGAGCAGGCGCGGAAACUGGUGCUGCACUCGCCUGUUCCUGAAGGAUCCCGGGUACCGUCACCUAUCGAGAUGCCGGCGACCCCGGGCCGGUCGCUGCAGGAGCUCAUCAAUGACAUGUCGCAGGACGUCGGCGCGACCGUCGACGUGCGACCCGCCUCGCCAUAUAACCCUGCUACAGAUAACCUGUCGGUGCCAGUCGUCCGUCUGCUGUCCCCAAGUACUGUUGUCAGCAGAGCCGCAUCUCCUGGACCAAGCGCUAAGAUUACAACAGGAAGUCAGUCGAGAGCGCGAAGCCCGAGUCCCAGUUCUACGCCGAGGGCGCAGUCCCCAGUAUGUAGUGUGGUCUCUAACAAUCCAGAACCAAGUCCGCUGAAGUCGGCGCGAGUCGGCGUGUCUCCCCCAAGGGUGAUGAAGAAGAAACACAGUGGGGAUACUCAUGCAGUGGAAAAUGAGAAAUCGACUGACGUGAAGGGUAUCGCGAGGCCGGCAGUUCCUGACAUCAAACCCUCUGGCAGUAUACCUCCUCCGCCUUCUAGCAGUAAAACUAAGGCGCCGAUCGCGCCCACGAUGGAGGUGACGCCUUGCACCCCGGUGCUCAAGCCGCCGCGCAAGUUGGCCGCGCGAUCACGAUCCACUUCGCCGAAGUCACGAUCGUCUUCACCUAAGCCACAGGGCUCAAAGAAACCACCACUCACAUCUACGUCCAGUACGGAGUACCUCAUACCCACCUCUCCCACCAGCGGCCGCUCCGGACAGAAGAUUGAGGACGUCAGCACCAUCAAGAGACAGCCUAGAACCGGCUGGCUAUGAUCACGUGGUCACUCAGACAAACCAAAUGACUCACGAUCACGUACUCUCUUCGCCUUAAACAGUUAACAUAUUAUUGUGAUCACGCGGUCAUACCGUUUUAAAAUCUUUAAUAAGACCUUACAAAAUGAUCGCUACGAUAAUAUAAUCAGUUCACUUCAUACAGUUAACCUAGUAUUCUAAUCACGUGGUCACGCCGUCAAGUCAAACUUUAAUAUGAUCACGUGAUCACUCUAAUUAUUGUAGUGCUCUGUACUUAUUUUCCAGUUCGAGUAAUUUUCAACUAUUAAUAUUAUUGUUCUCGUGAAUAUUACCCUAUUUUAGUAAUAUUAAUCAAGCUCAUAAUUUAUCACUAUUUAAUAACUAACAUUAUUUAUUUUAUCGUUUAAU